AUGUCUCUCCCCUCUGUGAUGGUGUGGCCCCUGCUGAUAGUCGUGGCAGCGGGGGUGUAUUACAUCUACAAUGAGAUCAUGCGGUUCAUGUCCAAGUCCUUAGUGCGAAACAAAGUGGUGGUGAUCACUGAUGCUGUGUCAGGGGUGGGAACUGAGUGUGCCCAUCUCUUUCAUAAGGGCGGUGCAAGACUGAUCCUGUGUGGGACUAGCUGGGAUAAACUGGAGUCCCUGUAUGACUCUUUGACUAAUGACGCUAACCCAAGAGAGACGUUUGCCCCAAAACUUGUGAUCCUGGACUUCAGUGACAUGAACAGUAUGGAAGAUGUGGUUGCUGAGGUGGUGGACUGUUACGGCUGUGUGGAUGUGCUGAUCUGUAACAGCAGCGUGAAGAUGAAGGCUCCUGCGCAGAGCAUCUCCCUCGAACUCGACAGAAACAUCAUGGACAUUAACUACUUCGGCCCCAGCACUUUGGCUAAAGGCAUUCUUCCAACAAUGAUCUCAAGACGAUGUGGACACAUAAUACUGGUCAACAGCAUCCAGGGCAGACUGGCUAUCCCCUUCAGAAGUUCUUAUGCGGCGUCCAAGCAUGCGGCGCAGGCCUUCUUCGAAUGUCUACGGGCUGAAGUGCAGGAGUAUGGGGUAAUUGUCAGCACCAUCAGUCAUACCUACAUAAACGCCUCCACACCGCGGUCCAAUGAAAAGCCAGUCCCUAAACAAAACAGCGUGGCCACAUGUGAGUAAAACAACUGGUAUGCUGUGUGCAACCAGUUGAACCAUGGCGUGCGCCCAUCAGUGCUGGCCAAUGAAAUAAUGCAAACAGUGAACAGGAAGAGGAAGGAGGUUGUGCUGGCCCACCCCAUCCCCUGGGUGGCCCUCCACCUCCGCUCCCUCUUCCCCCCCUUCCUCUUUGCCGUGCUGGCUUCUGGAGUGAAGGACUCAGUCUUGGCUGAGCAGAUGCAGUAGGAGAAAGGCUAAAAUGCUAAAGUGAGUUGGAGUUAGAAAGAGAUGCAGAACAAAGCAUGGAUUGUUUGGAAAUGUCUGAUAUUUAAGGGUAUGUGCUUGACGCAGAGCUGGAUUAAAAACUGGGCAUAGCGGGUAACUGCCAUGUGGCCCCAGAAUCUAAGGGGGCCCCCAGGCUUCAGGUUAUCGCAAUUAGUUUGUGAUCAACUUAAAAGUAUAGAUAG